AUGGCCGACCAGCUCUCUUUUCUUGAGAUCUCCAUCUCUCCAGCUCGCGAGGCCGUGCCAAAGGACCAGGACCUCGAGCUCAAAGUGACCGUCACGAACACUGGCGAGUCCCAGGCAACGCUCCUCACAUGGAACACUGUCUUUGACACUCUGGCGCCCUCGCUCGGUGUCUUCACGCUCCGUGACCUCACCGACGGCUCAGAGGUAGACCAGAACAUCAUGAUGGUCCGUCGCCAGAUGCCGGCACAGGAGCGUGACAUUGUCGAGCUGGGUCCCAAGCAGUCAACCGAGACCACCGUCACCUUCAGCAGCCUGGAGCUCACCUCUGGCCACAAGUACUCGGCUCAGGCUAAAGGUUUCUGGCAGAACGUCUGGAAGAAGCCCAUGUCGGACGUCGUGGCCCACCAUCUUGACCUUUCUGAUGGAAUGCACGGUGACUUUGCCUCCAACACCGUAGAAUUCUCCAAGGUAAGCCAGAAGUCAACAACCCCUUCUGAUAGCCAUGUGAACAGCUAUAUUCAUUAA